GAGAAAUUGAGUUUUGCUGUUAGACUGCGCGAGGAAAAGACAGCAAGAGCACAGGCUGCCGAGCCGCGCCCGUGGAACUGAGCGGGUGAAUAUCGAGGCUCACCGGUGCCGGGAGACCGGAGCCAGCGGAACUUGACACGGAUGGACAGUGGACGGACCAGAGGCAGGGAUGGUCGGCUAUGACCCCACGACAGAUGGCAGGAACGUCUCCAAGGUCGAGGUGGCCGUGGCUGGCUCUGUGUCCGGACUCGUCACUCGGGCGCUGAUCAGCCCCUUGGACGUCAUCAAGAUCCGCUUCCAGCUUCAGAUUGAACGCCUGUCUCGCAGGGACCCCAGCGCGAAAUACCAUGGCAUCCUGCAGGCCGCGAGGCAGAUCCUGCGGGACGAGGGCCCGACGGCCUUCUGGAAAGGACACAUCCCGGCCCAGCUCCUCUCCGUAGGCUAUGGAGCCGUCCAGUUCUUGUCGUUCGAGCUGCUGACCGAGCUGGUUCACGGAGCCACGGCGCACGACGCCCGCGAGUUCUCCGUGCACUUUGUGUGUGGCGGCCUCUCCGCCUGCAUGGCCACACUCACCGUGCACCCUGUGGACGUUCUGCGCACCCGCUUUGCAGCUCAGGGUGAGCCCCGGGUCUACAAGACCCUGCGGGACGCUGUGGUGACCAUGCACAGGACCGAAGGCCCCUUGGUCUUCUACAAAGGCUUGACCCCCACGCUGAUCGCCAUCUUCCCCUACGCCGGCUUCCAGUUCUCCUGCUACAGCUCCCUGAAGUCCGCCUCUGAGUGGGUCGUGCCAGCCAGGGGGAAGCAGAACGAGAACCUCAGAAACCUGCUCUGUGGCUGUGGGGCCGGAGUCGUCAGCAAGACCCUGACCUACCCCCUGGACCUCUUCAAGAAACGGCUGCAGGUCGGGGGCUUCGAGCAGGCCCGAGCCACCUUUGGCCAGGUGCUGUCAGUAUUCCCAGCCCGGAUGGUCAUGGGCGAGUCGGGGAGAGAGGAGUAUAAAAUCCAGUCUUUUGACGCAGACACCCAGCAGCUGCUGAAGACAGCGCUCAAAGAUCCCGGAGCUGUGGACUUGGACAAAGUGGCCAAUGUGAUUGUGGACCAUUCCCUGCAGGACUGUGUGUUCAUCAAGGAAGCAGGACGCAUGUGCUACGCCAUCAUUCAGGCUGAGAGUACACAAGCAGGCCAGAGUGUCUUCCGACGGGAACUCCUCAACCGGCUGCAGCAGGAGUACCAGGCUCGGGAGCAGCUGCGCGCGCGCUCGCUGCAGGGCUGGGUCUGCUACGUCACCUUCAUCUGCAACAUCUUUGACUACCUGAGGGUGAACAACAUGCCCAUGAUGGCCCUGGUGAACCCCGUUUAUGACUGCCUCUUCCGGCUGGCCCAGCCCGACAGUCUGAGCACGGAGGAGGAGGUGGACUGCCUGGUGUUGCAGCUGCACCGGGUCGGGGAGCAGCUGGAGAAGAUGAACGGGCAGCGCAUGGACGAGCUCUUCGUCCUGAUCCGGGACGGAUUCCUGCUCCCCCGCGGCCUCAGCUCGCUGGCCCAGCUGCUGCUGCUGGAGAUCAUCGAGUUCAGGGCGGCCGGCUGGACAACGACCCCCGCCGCGCACAAGUACUACUACAGCGAGCUGCCGGACUAGGCUCCGCGCCGCGGACCGCCGUGGGCUCUGGCUUCUACUUCUAGACGUUUCCAUCUGCACCUGUGUGUGGCCCGCCCGAGGAGGCCUCCCCCCACCAGACACCUCUGCAGGUCUGAGGCUGUCCCCGCGCCCCGCCGUGCAGAGACGAGCAACGCCGACCAACACUGCACUGUGUAACACGGCUCAGCAGCCGCCCCGGUGCCUCAGUUUCCCAU